AUGGUUUUACCGGAAACACAAGCGAUACCUUUAAAUCCACCACCGCCUUUCACGGACAGUGUGUACGCCAACCAUAAUGACGCAGGUUCAACGAGUAUACUUGAGAAUCAACAUGACCAAGCACCGGCUUAUUCUCAUUAUCCUUCAACAGAGGGUUCGCUUUUCGAACUAAAAACCUUGGGGAAAGUAAUAACCACCAAGGAAAAAUACCUUUGUGGUGAUCUCUUGGAUGACCGCUAUUUUUUAUUGGGCAGUACCACCUACCUGGAAUUUAUUGACCUGUCACUCCCAUCCGAUCAACAAGAGCCCAAAAAACUUAUCGAAUUCGUAAGAUUUAAACAGAUAAAGGUUCUACAAACCGAAAGAUUCGGAGGACUGUUAUCUUUGGCUGGAAAGAAUAAUCAUAUAAGAAUUUAUGACUUGAACAGCAUAAGGUUGUUGAUAAAAAGUAAAUCGGCUUCGCCCGCAUCGGCACUCCAUAAGACAUCAAGAUUCUAUGGUCAUGUACGAGCGAAGUCUAUGGACUCAAUGUCAACACCAGAUACAGCUACUCAUGCACAAGAGGACGAACGACCUUCUAUAGCAUUGAAGCGUCCCUCGGUGUUAAACGUGAGUUUAAUUAACAAUAAUUCUUCGCCCAACCUGGUUUCCCCUUCUCUUGUCGACACUGGUCAUUCAGCAGAAAAUGAGGAACUAUCAUCAUCGGUAAAUUCUUUUAACAGAUCGACACGAAUGUCAUAUCAACAUACACGUUUCGCAAGUCAUCAAAACCUAUUAGAUCGUGAGCAGCGUGAAAACUUGUCAAGUCAAUGGUCGAUGGAUUACCUAAAGUUACCAAAAACCAGGAUGGCCAUCUCCUUCACCACACGUAGUGGACCGACUAGAACAUAUUUGGCAAUAUUGUCAAAGCAAAAUAUCUUCUUGUUUGAAUUGGACUUCGGUGAAUCCAACCGAGGACCCGAAUUUGUUCACACUCGCACUUAUUGGCUACCUCAAACUCCAAAAUUCUUACAGAUGUCGAUGUACGAAGAUCAGUUAUUAGACAUUAUCGCUGUGUUUGAAACUGAUGUGAUUCUGAUAGGCGUGGAUGACGCUCGGGUUCGAGAGAUUACGAUAGAUUCCAAUUUACGUCCAGACAUUGGAAAAACAUUGAUACCCUUGCCAUCUUUCAUCCAUGGAACGCCUUCAUGGCAAACGUUUGAGCAACUUCCAUGGAUCCCUGCAUUAAACCCUGAACUUGUAUCCGAUAAUUUUACGAUACCACCACCGUAUAGUGCAAUAAUAAACGAAGAUCCCUCCACCAUGCUGAAUCCGAUACCGGUAUUUGAACCGAGCGAUCUAGAUUCUUCAAAUUCUUCAGGAACAUCUUUGUUUUUUGCUACGUUUGGUUCAAGGUCAAUGAUUGUAGAUGUCAAUGGUCGUCCGUUUUCCACCGUAUUAUUUGAGUGGACAUAUCCUCCGAGCCAUGUGGAAUUCAUGCGAUCAGACAAAAUCGAAAGUGAGAGUUAUGUGGUGGGAUUUGGCAAAAACAUGGUAGAGGUGAGAAGUUUUAAUACCGGUAGGAUAGUGGAGAAUGUUGUAAGAGGAGUGGAGGUACAAUUUUUGGGACGAGGAUUGAGUGGAAAAGACGUGAUUUGGAGGUGUUCGUCAAGAAAGGGAUCCAAGGAGACUAGCUUUUACCGAUUGGAAG